CACAAUGUGCAAUGUGUACAAAUUAAGCUAAGUAGGUAUUAAUAAUCCGUCUGAAUGUUUCUUGCUGUGUCAUAUGUCAUUGUAUGUUUUUAUCUUUAUAGUGCACAAAAUAAACAUAGACACGUUUAAGUUAAAUAAGGAAUCAUUUAUAAGCGAGACGUCCUUUGUACGAAGCCAUUUCUUUCAAAAAUGUGGUGCUAACCGGAUUUCGUAGUAGCACAUUAGUGCAUUUAAUUCAAUUUAAAUUAACAAUAACAGAAGUUUAUCAACAGUUUAAUAUUUAAAUUAACUAAUAUAAUUAAUAAUUAGUGUCAUGGAUUAAUAACUGCCUAACAGCAGCUAAAAACAACAUGUUUGUUAUUUAAAAUAAACUUAAAGUUACCUCUGACGUUUCGAGCGCCGUCUUUCGACGAUCUUUGUCUUGGGUAAAAUUCAGUUAACACACGUAUAGUAUAUACUUAAACCAGCUAAGUGAAGAAGUAAACCCACCACAAUGACAGCCAAGGAUACCAAGGAGGGUACCAUAUAUAAACAGUGGCUUAUAGGUGCUAUUGCAACCACACCGUUCCUAACCUACGGGCUGCAGAACGGCUGGAUCUCGCCCGUGAUCGGUCUGCUUCAGUCGGAUCUCGGUCCCUCCGGGCGUCCGCUCACCACCAACGAGAUCUCGCUCGUCGCCAGCGGCAUCAGCAUGGCCGCCAUCUCCACGGCCGCCGUCUUUGGGUACCUCGCCGAUGGUAUCGGACGACGGACUACUUUAAUAUGCAUUGUGACACCGCAGAUUUUUUGUUUCGCCUUAAAGUUAAUAUCAGCGCACCCCGCCUGCCUGAUCGUGGCGCAGGUCUGCGGCGGGAUCGCGGCGGGGGGCUCGUUCUGCGUCGCGCCGACCUACGUCAAGGAGAUGGCGCAGGACUCCAUCAGAGGAUAUUUGGCGUCCUCGGGGAUUCUGCUACAGAGCAUCGGCAUGUUGAUAAUGUACGCGAUGGCUCCAUACCUGGGCUACUACACGUUACUCUGGAUCGUGGUGUGGCUGCCGGUCUUGAACCUGGUGGGGAUGUUCUGGAUACCAGAGUCGCCGGCGUUCUUGGUGAAGAGGGGGAGAGUUGAGGAAGCCAUCAAAGUGAUCUCCUGGCUACGAGAAGUGGAUGGAGACCACAAGAUGCUGGAGCGCGACAUUUCCAUAUUGAAGAACGAAAUAAUAACCAGUGAGAACUUACCGGCAGAAUCUUGGAAGUCUAUCUUGUCAGAUAAGUCAUCACGCAGAGCCCUCUGUAUAUCGUUCCUGGUGAUGACGCUGCUGGCCGUGGGGGGCGACUACGGGAUCAUGGCGUACGCCUCGGUGAUCCUUCAGCACUCCGGCGUCACCUUCGCGCCGGAGGUGCAGGCGCUGGCCUUCCCCGCGCUCAUGACCCUGGGGUCGCUGCUGUCGGCUGUUACCAUUGAGAAGCUCGGGAGAAAGCCCCUCAUAGUGCUAGGCGCAGUGUUCACUGGUGUCCCACUCGCCAUCAUGGGCGCAGCGCUGGUGAUCCUGCAGAGCGGCGGGCACGUGCCCCAGUGGCUGCCCGUGCUCAGCAUCGGCGUGUGUCUGUUCGCCAGCGGCCAGAUGAUGUCGCUGCCCUUCAUCGUCAUCUCCGAGAUCUUCAGCGUGCAAAUGAGAUCGAAAGUUCUCGGCCUAAUCUCGACAUACGGCUGGUCGCUGGCCGGCUCCCAGACGCUCCUGUUCGCAAUAAUAACUGAACACUUGGGCAUGCAAACCAUAUUCUUCGCAUUUGCCGCCAUCAACCUCUUGGGCACCGUCGUGUGCGCUAUCAUUAUGCCCGAAACUAAAGGGAAGACGCUUGAGCAGAUUAACAAAGAAUUGAUAAACAGAAGGAUAUGUUAAAAACAUAUAUACAGUACAAAUAAUACUCAUUGGAAGAAAAUAAUAUAGAAAAUUAAACAGUAAUACAAAAUACAAUUAGAGGCAGAUCAUGAUUAUUAUUCACAUUAACCGCAGUCAACGUUUGGCAGGAAGCAUCGUCUGCGCCUUCAUGGUAUUGAAAACCUAAGGAAAGACAUUUGAGCAGAUUAAAAAUAAUUUGUAGACAUAAGAAUGUAUAAGAAAAUAAAUUAAGUGUAAAUGAAGUCGCACUUUGUUACCUUAAUUUGUUGAUAGAUGAUGGUUUUGUACUUAAAAAAUAAUAUGAUAUUUUGUUAAAUAUAUAUUUUAUUGUUA